AAUUUUUAACACUCACCAACUCUUUCUUGUCUUUGAAGGGUUGCACCAAAAAAUCAGAAUAAACCAAUUGUUUCUUUGUUCUUGUUCUUGUUCUCUUGUUAAUAGUAUCUAAGUAGCAAAGAGACAAGUGAUUAAUCUGCAUAACAGAUAACACAUUUGAGGUCAUGUUAGCACAGGAUACAACCAAACACAGAUAUUGUUUCUUAAAUACCAAUGCAAACAUGUCUUCUUCUUCCUCUUCUUCUUCUUCUUCUUAUUCUAAAUCUCCAAUCAUUUUCUCGUUUGUUUGUAUUCUAAUCUUGUUUGUCGCUGUUGCUGAAUCCGUACCAAUAAACGAAACAAGCUUUAGACCAAUGGAAACAUUGAAGAAACUUAAGAAAGUCAGAGCUCAUUUAAAGAAGAUUAAUAAACCUGCGCUUAAGACCAUUAAGAGUCCUGAUGGAGAUUUGAUCGACUGUGUUCCUUCUCAUCUUCAACCUGCAUUUGAUCAUCCGAAACUCAGAGGACAAAGGCCAUUGGAACCACCAUCUGAGAGGCCGAAGGGGAAUGACACCAUUGAUGAACACUUGGAGACAAUUCAACUAUGGGCAGAAUCUACCGAAUUCUGUCCAAAAGGCACUAUUCCGAUCAGAAGAACCACCGAAAAAGAUGUUCUUCGAGCAAGUUCAAUAAAAAGAUUUGGAAGAAAGAUCAAAGGAGGUGUGAGGCACGACACCAUGAGCGGUGGCCAUGAGCAUGCAGUCGCUUUCGUUAAUGGAGAUCAGUACUACGGAGCAAAAGCCAGUAUGAAUGUAUGGACACCUGCUGUUACAGAUCCAUAUGAAUUUAGCCUGUCACAAUUAUGGGUUAUAUCCGGUUCAUUUGGCAAUGAUCUCAACACCAUUGAAGCCGGUUGGCAGGUUAGCCCAGAGUUGUAUGGAGAUGGUUAUCCAAGAUUUUUUACUUACUGGACGACUGAUGCAUACCAAGCAACAGGGUGCUAUAACUUGCUAUGCUCAGGAUUUGUUCAAACAAACAGCAGGAUUGCUAUAGGUGCAGCGAUCUCUCCAAGAUCAUCUUACAAUGGAAAACAAUUUGAUAUUGGUAUCAUGAUAUGGAAGGACCCUAAACAUGGACACUGGUGGCUACAAUUUGGAUCAGGGGUGCUAAUAGGAUAUUGGCCAUCUUUUUUAUUCAGUCAUCUACAAAAAGAAGCAAGUAUGAUACAAUUUGGAGGGGAGAUAGUGAACUCAAGAUCAGGGGGAUAUCACACAUCAACACAAAUGGGAAGUGGUCAUUUUGCAAAUGAAGGUUUUGGGAAAGCUUCAUACUUUAGGAAUUUGCAGGAAAAAAUAAUGUUUGGGGGAAUUAUAUUUAUUAUGGAGGUCCAGGAAGGAAUGGAGGUUGUCAAUAGAGAAAAUUGCAUAGUGGUUGCCAUAAUUAAGGCCAUGUUAAUGAGGGCUCUUGUAUAUUAG